GACUCAAGUUCGAUGAAUCACGACUCCUUAUCGAUAAAGCUUCCCCAGACCGAAGGAGUCAUCACUUCUUUAUAAACGAUGCCCCCCCUCCAAACACCUCCACAUCAUCCAAUACACUCCGAACAAUGCAGAUACAAUAACAAUUCACUCUACACUAAAUUGAAAUCAUAGAAUCAGACCAAAUGAUCCUACGAAUACACUAAAGAGCCAUCCCACCCCACGCCUUGCCAAGCCGUCAACUGCCUCAAUUAUGGCAACGAAAGGCAAACAGCUCCCUCAUGAGCGGCGGAAAGGCGAAUCCGCAUUGAGCGAAUUCGCCGACUACGUCGAGAAGCAGCAAGCACUGCGCUACCCCUCCACGGCCACAGCCUCAACCUCCACCUCCGCGGUCAAUGAGCACGCCGAGCUCGACGACAUCCUCAAUGGCCUCAACCUUGCAGACACCUCCCCUUCCGUCCGUCUAAAAGAGCUCCUGCUCACGCACAACGAUGAUACAUUUUCCAAACUCGUCAAACUCCUCGAAGCCAGGGUAGAAGAGGGACAUGGCGAGACGGUAUUUGAGAUUGGGUUUGAGAAUAAUGGUGAUUCGAUGGGAUUGAGUAAAGAUGAGUGGGAUGUGGCGUUAAAGAGGCUGAGGGAGGCGGCGGGGAAAGUCAGGGCUGAUUGUCAGGUGCUGUUGACGAAGCAUGUUGGUGGGGAAGAGGAGGCAGAGAGCGCAGCAAGUGAGAAAGAGAAAGAUUGUAGUGGGAAAGUGCUGGUGAGACAGCAUCCUGCUACGGUCGAGGAAGUCAUUGAGACGCGCAUUGCGGUCGUGGGGAAUGUGGACGCAGGGAAAUCCACCAUGCUCGGUGUCCUUGUGAAAGGCGGAUUGGAUGAUGGGAGAGGGAAGGCGAGAGUCAACCUCUUUCGGCAUAAACAUGAAAUUGAGAGUGGACGGACCAGUUCCGUUGGGAUGGAGAUUAUGGGAUUUGAUACUAUGGGGAAAGUGGUUGCUGCAGAAGUUCCAGGACGGAAACUGUCAUGGGAGGAGAUUGGGAAACGCUCCGCGAAAGUCAUCACGUUCACGGAUUUGGCUGGACACGAACGUUACCUUCGUACUACUGUCUUCGGUCUGCUUUCUUCCAGCCCAAAUUACUGUUUGCUGAUGGUAGCUGCGAAUAACGGGCUGAUCGGAAUGAGCAAAGAGCAUCUGGGGAUUGCAUUGGCACUCAAUGUCCCAGUCAUGGUCGUCAUCACUAAAAUCGAUAUCUGUCCACCACAGAUUCUCGAGCAAACCAUCCAGCAAAUCACCCGAAUCCUCAAAUCUCCAGGCGCUCGCAAAAUCCCAAUCUUCAUCAAGAACAAAGAAGAAUGCAUCAACACCGCCACUCAAUUCGUCUCCCAGCGAAUCUGCCCAAUCUUCCAAGUCUCCAACGUCACAGGAGAAUCACUCGAUCUCGUCCGUUCUUUCUUGAACAUCCUCCCUCAUCACGGACACUAUGAUGCAGAAGCCCCUUUCGAGUUCCAUGUCAACGACACCUUCUCCGUCCCUUUCGUCGGGACCGUCGUGUCUGGAAUCGUCAAAAGCGGAGUCAUCCACGCCAGUGACACUGUGCUCAUCGGACCAGACUCCCUCGGCCAAUUCACAACCACGACAAUCCGAUCCAUCGAGCGGAAACGGAUAUCUGUUCCUGCUGCAUCGGCGGGACAAUCUGCAUCUUUCGCGCUUAGGCGAGUGAGAAGAAAGGAUGUACGGAAAGGAAUGGUCGUGCUGCCAAAGCUCGAACAGAACGCACCAAAAGUGUACCGCGAGUUUGUUGCUGAGGUGCUAAUCCUCUCCCAUGCAACAACCAUAAAAACCAAAUACCAAGCCAUGCUCCACGUCGGGCCCGUCUCCCAAACUUGCGCCAUAAUCGAUAUCGACCGCUCCUAUAUCCGCACAGGCGACAGAGCAACGGUCGCGUUCCGCUUCGUCCAGAGACCGGAAUACCUUGCUCCUGGUGAUCGAUUACUCUUUCGAGAGGGACGGACGAAAGGACUGGGCAUUGUGAAGAGUGUGGGGUAUGAUGCGAGUAAGCCGUUGAACCCGGAGAAUAAGAAGGAGGGGGAGAGUGUGGAGGGGAAGGGGAAGGGGAAGGGGAAGGAUGUUGAGGGGAACGGCGAGGUUAGGAAGGGUUAGUUGAGUUGAGAGAUUGGUGUUUGUUUUAUUUUGGGUUGGGCCAGGAAUGGGGUGCAUUGCGGUGCUGGGGUGGUGUCGAGGUGGGAACAAUUGUACUUCUGGGUUCAUACUUGCCUUACUGGACUGCAUUUCGCUCCCUGGAGUUUGGCGUCUUUCUUUGGCAGAGAAUAAUACACCUUCAUUUGAUACACCCUUCAAUCGGACGCCUCAUUCCACCCGUUUCCGAAGUUAUGACAGAUAGCAAAACGACAUACAAAUGAAUACCAAUACCAAAACUUCAUCUCUUUCCAACG